AUGCCGCUGGCGUCCGCCCGCUCUCCCCCAUAUCUCCUUCGUGCCUCCCUCCUCCUCCCCUCUCUGCUCCUCCGAACAGUCUCUCUCAUGAACCUUCAGCAGCAUCGACUCAGCCCCAUCACCUGGGCAGCACCCAUUCGUGGCCGAGUGGAGGUGGGGGGGACCACAGUAUGUGCUCCUACUGGAAGUGACUUCUUCGAUGCGGCCCUUCCUGCUCAGAAGAACCGCCCCUGUCGUACGCCGUGCACCUGCACAAACUGUGCCAAUGGCACCAACUCCAAGGCUACUAAUCCGGAUGGCUCUCCAAGAAGAAACAGCAUGUGUGCCACUAUCCCAACUGCUCCAAGGUAUACGUAAAUGCGUCCAACCUUCGCGAACACAUUCUUGUGCACAAGGGUGAGCGACCGUUUAUCUGUCACUUGUUGAACUGUGGGAAGCAGUUCACUCGCUUGGACAAACUACAGCGAUACUUCGUGACCCACACAGGGGAGAAGAGGUUUGUGUGUGUCGAGUGCGGGAAGAGGGUCGUGCGCAGAGACAGCCUCAACAGGCACACCAAGACCCACCAGAAGCUGCGAGAGAAGGAGGCAAACAGUGGCAGCGCUUCAGGAGGGGGAACCAACUGCCUAGACAGUGUCCCACCACUGGACAACAACCCGAUUUUAUCACCUCCGAUGCCGACUCCACCAACUCGUGCUUUUCCACUUGAGGACAAUCUCUUUACCGACAUCCCAGUCAACUGAAACAGUGUCCCAUUAUUUCCAAGUGUUCUGUCCAAAUCAUCCAGUUAUCACUUCCUCUCGCCAGUAAAUAACCUCUAAUGCCAUAUAUAACUCCCGACUCAUCCAUCCCACGCUUCACACUCACUGAGUUUUCCGACACAAUGGAGGUCGUACCGCAGUCUACUGGGCAGCCAUGACAUAGAACGUGGAGGCUCUGAAACUGCUGAUCAGGAGAGGACCAGACACCAUUAAGGACGAGCAGGAUAACAAGGUUUGUCUGAGUGGCAGGCUCUGGCAUUUGGCCCAUUCUAAUUACCCCACAGCCUCCAGGCUUUUUUCAAUGUAGCAGGAGCGUGCACUUUCUCCGGAUAAUUUAGCAUAGCCAGCACUGAUCGCGUACCCCUGGGGUAGUCAUGCUGCUGAACUAGUUCAGUACCCCAGGGUGCUGUAUGGAGAGGCUGACUCCUAUAUAAUUAUGGUGGAAUAGGGUUUACACAGGUACAGUACUGAAACCACAGUAUAUUGAGUACACAUGCACUGAUUAUAGAGCACAUUUUCCUUGUCACAAUGUUGGAUUGUCAUCAUUCUAUUACUGAAAUAAAACACCUACAUUCACAUUCAUUGCACAUUCCCUUUCCUGUUCUCUAAUGAAACUUUUGAAGAAACUAUUGUGCAGGAAAGCGAGCAGACAGCAUGACUAUAGAAUGCAUUAUGAUGCGCGAAGUUUGAUUGCGGCUUACGGAAUGGACUGUUGAAUGCAUUAGGCUUGAUUGCAGCAUGCUACUUUAUGAGAGUGACCUUCUCUUUGUAUCUUGGUAGCAAGAGAGUCGGGUCACGAAUGCCAGGGCCAAUUUUGAUAAGCAGAACUGGCGAUGCGAGAUGAAUCAAACGCCGGGUGAGAUAAAGAUAUAGCUGGUUGUGAACAGUGCCGGCUCCAUCCACUCUACUACGAGCUACAAUAGCAACCCCUCCACUAACUCACACUAUAGCUGUACAUAGUCUCAUUCAAAGACACAGUAACCCUUUCAUGUGGGGUACACGUGUUGUAAG